CCAGCUUGUCGCUCUUUCCCGGAGGCCGGCAGAUGCGCGUGGUGCGGCUGCUGCGGCUCCGGGCGGCUCUGACGCUGCUCGGGGAGGUCCCCCGCCGCCCGGCCUCCCGGGGCGUCCCGGGCUCGCGCAGGACGCAGAAGGGCAGUGGAACCAGGUGGGAGGAGGAGAAGCGCGAAGACGGGGUGAAGUGGAGACAGCUGGAGCACAAGGGCCCGUACUUCCCACCCCCAUACGAGCCCCUUCCCGAUGGAGUGUGUUUCUUCUAUGACGGAAAGCCCAUGAGAUUGAGCAUGAAAGCGGAGGAGGUUGCCACUUUUUAUGGGAGGAUGUUGGAUCAUGAAUACACAACAAAGGAGGUUUUCCGGAAGAACUUCUUUAAUGACUGGCGAAAGGAAAUGACAGUGGAAGAGAGGGAAGUCAUCAAGAGCCUGGACAAGUGUGACUUCACGGAGAUCCAUAGAUACUUUGUGGACAAGGCCGCAGCCCGGAAAGUCCUGACCAGGGAGGAGAAGCAGAAGCUAAAGGAAGAGGCAGAAAAACUUCAGCAAGAGUUCGGCUACUGUAUUUUAGAUGGUCACCGAGAAAAAAUAGGCAAUUUCAAGACUGAGCCGCCUGGCUUGUUCCGUGGCCGUGGCGACCAUCCCAAGAUGGGGAUGUUGAAGAGGAGGGUCAUGCCGGAGGAUGUGGUCAUCAACUGCAGCAGGGACUCGAAGAUCCCCGAGCCGCCGGCGGGGCACCAGUGGAAGGAGGUGCGCUCCGAUAACACUGUCAUGUGGCUGGCAGCGUGGACCGAGAGCAUUCAGAACUCCGUCAAGUACAUCAUGCUGAACCCUUGCUCGAAGCUGAAGGGAGAGAAAGCUUGGCAGAAGUUUGAAACAGCUCGACGCCUGCGGGGAUUUGUGGACGAGAUCCGCUCCCAGUACCGGGCUGAUUGGAAGUCUCAGGAAAUGAAGACGAGACAGCGGGCGGUGGCCCUGUAUUUCAUCGAUAAGCUGGCGCUGAGAGCGGGAAAUGAGAAGGAGGACGGUGCGGCGGCCGACACCGUAGGCUGCUGUUCCCUCCGCGUGGAGCACGUCCUGCUGCAUCCGGAGGCUGACGGCUGCCAGCACGUGGUGGAAUUUGAUUUCCUGGGGAAGGACUCCAUCCGCUACUACAACAGAGUCCCGGUGGAGAAGCCUGUGAGUGCCCUGGCGGCCGGCUGCUCCUCCCUACGUGACACGUAUUUGCUCAGGAUGUGUUUGGGGUUGUGCCGGAGCUGCCGUGGGGUCUGUGGCCCAUUUGCCACGUCCUGUCUGCUGGGUGAGGCCCGCUGUGCUGGGGCUGAUGAGGGUGAGGGUGAAGGAGAGGCUAUGCCCCAUGGUAGACCCAAGGAGUCACAAAGGAGCUGGUUGGGGGCUGAGCAGGGUGCCUCUGUCACACCA